AACCGCUAACGCGAACGGACGCGUUUAAAAUUCCAUUUUCAAAUACAAAGCCCGCCAAAUUGUACGAAACGCAUCGUCUGAUAAAAUAACGCAAUAAAGUUUACCUCGGUUAUAGUCUGUGGAAACCGUACGCGGUUUGUCAAGCAAAAUAAACAUUACGUUCAGUUUUUUUUUACGUUUGCUCGAAGGCGUAAACGAGGACAAUAAGAUUUCUCGGCGUGUCAUAUAGUGCAAUAUGCAACAAUGAGAAGACGUUCUGUUACGUAGUGGUUGCCUGACAUAAUUAUGCUAAUUAAUCUGUAACGGUUGUUCAGCUGAGACUUUGGAUGUCAACAAUGCACUGUAAUGUCGAGUGAAUAUUGAGAAAUGGCUGUAGCAAAUUUUUCGGUGCCAACCAUUGGCGCCGCAACGCCAGCGGUUAUAGGCACGACUUCUUCGCCUCUUCACGUCGAUCUAGACGAUUUACUGUACUCGCCGGAAGACUAUCAACAGGAGUACGCUCCACAAUAUCCUGGCAAUGAGCCUUUUUCUCCUCCUCAAAGUCAAGCUCAGCCAAAACGAUCGAAGCUAAGAAAGCGAGCCGGGACAGCUUACCUCCCACCUUCUCCACAACAAUAUGCACAAUACCAACGUCAAGAUAUUCCAGUCAACCCUUUCACUGGUCAAAUGCAAGCACAAAUGUACCAAGGGAACGCCAGACUCGACAUACAUGGUGCCAAUCAGCGUGUCAACGCACAGUACGACAACACAGGGCAGUACGUCCAUGAUCCUACUGGAGACUAUGACUAUGAGCAAAGAAGAGAUAAAGACGGUACUCCGCGCCAACCUUAUAACCCAGGAUACGCGGAUAGUCCGUACCCGCCUGCAACUACGCCUGUUCAAUCGUCUAGUCGAAGAUUGGAUGGAGUUCCAAAUCAACCAGUUAACAAAUUCUUUGGGAAUAAUCCAGUGACGUCACCGACGCAACGGCCACGAACGGAUACGGGGACUAAGAGUGGUAACAGUGGUGGCAGUGCCAAUAGUGCGGGAGGUCGGAGCAAUGCGAACGCUCCGCCCGACCAGCCUCGCGGGUUUACUAAAGUGGAGACCGGCGGCUCCGGCGGUAAAACACAGCUGCACGCUGUGCUCGACUACGAUGAUGACGAAUAUUACGACGACGAUUCUGGAUCAGAUUCAGGGCAACCUGCAGUAACACCUUUGCAGGGACCCAUACUCCUGCGCAAUGGGUCCGUGCCCGUCGUACCGCUCACCUCUUACCCCACAGUCAAUAAUGGAUCAUUCUACCAAAUACCAAUCCUUUGGACAGCAUUGUCACUCGCACUAGGCUAUGAGCUUCAAGGUCAAAUAAUCCGAGGCGUUCCGUGCGUCAAACGAAACUUUCAACUCUAUUGUCCCACCGCUGGCAACACCUACCCUAUAGACAAAAUAGAAAUGUUCAUAGAUGAAAAUAAAGCCUUAAUAAAGAGGAUGUAUGGGUCGUUCUCCAUACCUGGGGGCGGGCGAGUGCGACGUGCGCCGGGAGUGCCCGACAUGCACUCCGGUGACUCUUACUUCCGCCACGUGCGGCAAGCAUCAAAGUCCACGCUGCCCGACCCUCAAGUCAAUAACACUGGCCGAAUAGACGCGUGUCAAAGCAAAACGGAAAUAAUCACUCCAUAUUGGGCGUUGAAUUCGGCGAAGAAAGUGAGAGCCAUUGUAAAUACAAUGCACUUCGAACAAGCUAUACAUCAAGAAGUUUGCAGUAAGAAAUCAACGGCUCGUUGUUCCGGCGACUGCAGUUGUGAGCAGAAAUACAAAUGGCAUCGUUUGCUCGCCUACGACCCAAGCAACGAUUGCGCGGGCAUAUUUAUGGACUGGUUCCUAUUCCCAUCGUGCUGUGUGUGUCAGUGCGAUCCGUAAACUAUAAAAUAAUAAAAAAUGACACGACAAAACUGCUAUAUAAUUGCAAACUGUAGAAUCAUAGCAAGUAUUUUGUGUUUCUUUGAUACAGUUAAUUUUUUCCACUGCCGAAAAACAUAUAAUAUAUAAAUAGC